AACUUCUCAUCGAUAGUCAAUAACAACAUUGACAGCUGUUUUAGCAGAAAAUAUUCCAAAUCAUAAAAGCGGCCUUAAUUGCUGCAUAAAGAACCGAAAAAAAGGUUUUCCAGGUCUUUUUCAGUCGGGACAACAGGAAAGGGAAAAGGUACUUGGCCGUUGCUGGCGCGUGAGUGGUCAGCAUGCUGCCGCUGGUAUAGAGAGACUUUCCAGACCGCAUUUCGCUCUGCUUCUAUUAACCUGACCAGAGGCUCGGCUCUCUUUCAAUUAUGCUCUUCACGCGCCGGCGACAACUCAAGAGCUCCGCAUAAAAAACAUUACAAAUAACGCACAAAAUCAGUAACAAGUUCAGUGUUAAAUCGCUUCCAGAACAAACUAUAUAUCGCUAGAUAGCUAUAUACAAAUAUAUUUAUAUAUAUAUACAUAUUUGAAAGCUGAGAAAACCGAACGGAGUCGCAAUGUACGAGCUUCAUAAUUGUCUAAGAUCCGUUUUCUAUGCCACAUUCAUUCCCGGAACGAUCCUACUUAGUUGGCUAACUGGUCUGGUGGGACUACGUUCACUGCAAGCAUGUAUGCUGAUGUUCCUCCUAGUAUUUGUGGCCUUCCCCCUCAUCUUUCGCUACUCGGUGACGCUGCAGCGCGGCAUUCUCUUUCUUACAUUCAUUAAGUACCCCAAGGGCCUUGAUCUCACCAAGCCGGAGACUGUGGGUCUCUACGCCACGCGGAACUUCUACAUCACCGUCAAGGAUCACGACGAGGACGAGGAUGGAGUGCGCGUUGGAGUGUGGCACGUCCUUCCGCGGAACGCAGUGGAACGUUUCAAGCGGGAACUCAAUGUAGAAGACGCGGUGGCGGAAGAGCCGCCGCUACAGCCGCAGGACAUCGCCGUUGGAAAUGGCGAGCAGGAGUUGCGAGAGCUGUCUUCGGUUAUUCGCUCCGAAUUCCCCACCGUUCUGCCCGAGAACGAGCAGCUCUUCUAUGAGCGCCUGCUUCGACUGCCCGGCGGCACUGUGGUUUUGUAUCUCCACGGGAACACAGCCUCGCGGGGCAGUGGUCAUCGAUCGGAGGUAUACAAGCUGCUGAGGAACCUCAACUAUCAUGUGUUCACCUUCGACUACAGAGGCUAUGGUGACUCCGAUCCCGUGCCGCCCACGGAGGAGGGCGUGGUGCGCGAUGCCAUGAUGGUGUUCGAAUACAUAGCCAAUAUCACCUCCAAUCCGAUCGUGGUGUGGGGCCACUCAUUGGGCACCGGAGUGGCCACGCAUAUGUGCGCUAAGCUAGCCAAUUUGCGAGAACGUGGACCACGAGGAGUGAUCCUCGAGAGCCCGUUCACCAACAUUCGGGACGAGAUACUAAAUCAUCCGUUCGCCAGGAUGUUCAAGCAUAUGCCGUGGUUCGACUUCACCGUCUCGAGGCCGAUGUACGAUAAUCGGCUGCGCUUCGAGUCGGACAUCCAUGUUACGGAGUUUCCCCAGCCCAUCAUGAUCAUCCAUGCCGAGGAUGAUAAGGUGGUGCCCUUUCAUCUGGGCUACCGUCUGUACAGGAUCGCUCUAGACGGCCGGAGUCGCAGCUGGGGACCCGUCGAGUUCCAUCGCUUUGGGUCCGGGAAAAACUACGGCCAUAAGUAUCUUUGCCGGGCACCGGAGCUUCCCGGUCUAAUCCGGCAGUUUGUGCAGAGCUACCGGGAUGCCGUGUACUAAGAUCGGAUGCUGAGGGGUUCCUCUUCCGGAGCCAUAAUUUAUUUAGUUUAUUAAAAUAUUCUAAUUUUUCUACCGUCACGUGACACGUUCCAUUAAAUUAGCAAACUUUGCAAAAGUAUAUUAAAACAAUCAAGGAAGUAGAAUAAA